AUGUUGCCCGCGAAUCGAUUAGUGUCCUGGAACUCGCUGCGAGACAAACAGCAUCAGUGCCCCUAUUGUUCAUCAAAAUUCACACAGUCAGCUCACCUAAAGAGACAUAUCCGCACUCACACCGGCGAAAAGCCAUACAAGUGUAAAGUCUGUGACAAAGCGUUCAGGACAUCAGGCAAUCUGGCAGUACAUUCGAAAAUUCACAAUAAGGACAAACAGUAUCAGUGUCCGCAUUGUUCAUCAAGGUUCGCACAGUUAUGUGACCUAAAGAAUCAUAUCCGCACUCACACUGGCGAAAGGCCAUACAAGUGUAAAGUCUGUGACAAAGCGUUCAGGACAUCAGCGAAUCUGGCAAUACACAUCCGAACUCAUACCGGCGAAAGGCCAUACAAGUGUAAAGUAUGUGACAAAGCGUUCAGUUCAUCAGGCAAUCUGGCAGUACACUCGAAAAUUCACAAUAAGGACAAACAGUAUCAGUGUCCGCAUUGUUCAUCAACGUUCACACAGUCAUCUCACCUAAAGAUUCAUAUCCGCACUCAUACCGGCGAAAAGCCAUACAAG